AAAGAAAGAAGGAAGAUCUGAUUGGGUGCGGCGGUUGCGGAAGAAACGGCGGGCAGCCUGGUAGUUCUGGAUAUGGGGAGGUUGAGUCGGUGCCGACGGGAAGACUGGGGACCACGGGCUUUACCCAAAGCUAUUGCGGCUCUGAGUCGAGCGUUACCUGGGAAACCUAGUCCCGAGACCUUCCGCAAGGCCAAGUUCGACCUCCCCGAGGCGGUAGCCGAGCUUUGGUCUCUGCUUUUCUCCCUCCUUUGGCUUAUUCAUCAGAAGGGUACUGGGUCUCCUAGGGAGCCUCCUGAUGCCCUCAAGGACCAGAUCCAUUUUGUAAAAUGGAUAUUGCGCUGCCAUGGCUAUGGGAGACACCAUUUUUACUACCUUCCUGAAGUUGGUUCUCAAGGUAGUUGUGAGCUUUUGCUGGCCUUCUCUUGGUUACUUGAAUACUUCAGCCUACCAGAAAGGUUUCUCUGCUUAAGCUGUGUACACCAAGUUGAUGAUGUCUGGAUCUGCUCGUGUAAGGACCUGGCUAGCUAUCGAGUUCCAUUGGACCUCAGCCCUAAGGGAAGGGUAGAUAUUCGUUAUAUUCAGUGGCUUCUUGGGAAACUGCGUUUCCAGUGGCGGAGUUUGUAUGCUAGCCAGCAAGAACAAUGCAACCUUCUGAAUAAGAUUCAUUUGUACACAAGAGGCUGUUAUCGUGAGGAGAGCAUUGACCAUCUCUCUGUCCUUGAAACAGAACUCCUUAGGUUCUCAGGAAGUACCAAGCACGUAAGACAGCAUGUUCAGGGUUUUUUUGAAUCGAGGCAAAUUAUUGACACAGUGUUGGAUGCCAGGCCAGUAGAUAUUCCUAAUACUGUUAAGCAGGAUAUAAUUUUUCCAGAGAUCCUAGAAUACUGCAAUCCUCAGUACCUAACUGAGGAGAUGGAUAAAAUACAGAAGAACCUAGAGGUACUGAGCCAAAGACUUCAGGAGGCUGUGAAUCAGCACAGAGCAGCCUCGCAUACCAAGGUCUGCAGUUGUUCCCAGAGACUCCAAAGGUUGCCAGAGCUAAGCACCAUUAUGAUGAAAGAAAUCCAGGAGGCUGUGGGAUGUGAGCUGGCAGCUCUGGAACAGGACUGUGAGGUUAAGAGCUGGCCUCAUGGACUAUAUAGACUUCACUUUAGACAGGCUGGAGAGUUGAGCAAUAGUGAGACCCACCAAAUGACCAAAGUAAUUGAGAUACUGAAGAAGGAGGAAGCUAGACUCAAGAAAACACUCAGAAGUUUACAGAAGAAAUGUCAUCAAGAACUGGCCAUUCUGACACAGGGACUGGAAGGGGUGAUUUGGGUCCUUCCAUGUCUAAGACAGUGAAAGGAAGUCCUCCCUUCUUACUCCCUUACCCCCCUUCCCAGUAUUAAGCUUGUGAGCACCACUUGCUUCUCACAGCCCUCCCUUUUUUAGUAUCCCUCCCCCCCCCUUAGAAUUCCCCCCCCCCCCCAUCUUGCCCCUUUCCCUCCCAGUUACCGUAUUUGAAAGGAAGUCCUUAUGGAGAUGCCUCUGCCUAGUAGCCCUGGCCUAAGAAGUGAAAUUUUCCCCUCUUCCAGGUGUUGUGCCAGUUCAUGAUUGUGGAGAAAAGAAUUAAAUCAGGAAUAUGGGCUCACACCAGUGUUUUUCUGGUCAAUCCCCUAUUAUUUCUUUAAUGAUCUUUUAUCUCCUUGUGCUACCCUCCCUAGAUUACCUCUUUGUCUAUAAUUUCCCAGGUGAGUGAUAAUCCAUUCUUCACUGGAGGAUCUCAAGUUCCAGGAAUUUUGCCUAUAUAUAACUUCUAUUCAUUAAUGCUAAUUCUAUCCUUUGGAGCCAUACAAAUCUUCUAAUAUUUCUUCCUUAUGAUAGCCCUUUAGGUAUUAGUAAUUCAUGAUUAUAUCCACUCUUAAGAUUUCUGGGCUAAUUCCUUCAAUUUGUUCUUGUGUGUUUCUAAGAACUGAAUUAUUUCCACAUCCUUGUCACUUUCUGGUCUUGCUUCAUUUUGUCUACAAUCUUCAGAUCUGGGCCCUCCCCAAUAUGAUUCUAAACUACUUUUCUAGCCUUAUUUCAUAUAACUCGUUUUAUUGUAGUUUAUGUUCCAGCCAGAAGUUGUCCCCAUGCUCAAAGUUUCUUUUUUUCUUCUCCAAUCCCACAUAUUCCCGUAAAUUAUUCCUUAUUUUAAUAAAAUAAUAAUUAUUAUUACUUAUUAUCUUCAUCUUUUAGCAUCCUGUCGUCUUUCAGGGUUCAGAUUGGGUGGUAUCUCCUACAUGUAACUUUCCUCUGACUAAAGUGUUCUCUAUUCCUAGGUCACUGUCUGGAUUCUCCUUUGUGUCCCCUUUCACUUCCUACCUUAUGUUAUAUUUCAAUCUUAUCUUCCUGCUCUGUCUUCCUAUCUCUAUCUUCUUCCUCACUCUUCAGUAGAUUGUAAGCUUCUUGAGAGCAGGGAUUGUAAUUUUUAGAUUUGCAUUCUCAGUUCCUUCAGUGUUUUAGGUAACUACUUAAUAAAUGUUUGUUGAAUUGAA